UGUUGUUUUUCUUUCUCAGUGUCAAACCUGUCUCAGCCGGGCACGUUUGCUGGAAACGAUGCUAUCGUGGCCUUCGCUCGCAGGCAGCAAUUGAAAGUGGUUAUUCAUCAGCUGAACGCUCCAUUGUGGGAGAUAAAUGGUACAGAGAAGCCUUCAUGUCGUGAGCUACACAUCGCAUAUCGCUAUGGAGAUCAUUAUGACAGCGUCAGAAAGACUGGAGAUAACUCUGAGAGUCCGGCACAUCUGCGUAUAGAGAGUCUGAAUAAUUCCAGACGCUUUGGAGAUGGUCAGAAGGAAAAGUCGAGAGGCGCCUCUCCCUCACGCUCUCUCUCUGAAGAUGAAGAGCUGAUCUUGAGCAUUCUCUGUGAAGAUAAUCAAUCGGACAAUCUGUGUCAAUCAAGGGCCACAUCACAGACGAGCCACAGUGAUUGGCUGGAGUCGGAACUAAACAACCAAUCAUCACGGAGAGAUUGUGCCUCAGGGACACACCAUUUAUGUCAAGACAUGCAGGCUGAACGUAGUGAAAACACAUCGCCAACAGAGAGCAGCAUUUCACUUAAACCCAAGCUCUCUACAAAACAAAGGAAAGAGCAACAGUGCCUAGAAAAGAAGAAACGUCAGGAGGAGAGACAUAGACAGAAGGUUUUACAGGGCAGAGGGUCACAUGACCAAAAUCAGAACAUACCUGAAGCUGUCACUCUUGUGCCAGCGCUCAACACCCUGAGAAUCUAGAGCAAACAUGGGAGGCUAAUUUAAGUGGUCCGUACACUGUGCAAUGAUCUAGAAACUUGAUAGUUCGAAUGUAUAGGGACUGUGUUGUAUGAUUGAGGGUGCAUUUCUUUAGCACAAGGAUGAUGUCAAGAUGCGUCGGGCUGUAAGCUGUGCUUGAGAUUGCUGGCGACUGCAUUUUUGUACCGAACAGUCGAAUAUUAACUCUCAUAAAUUUCAGUUGACACAUCUGAGCUCAGCCAAAGAACACAUGUAAAGGGAACCGAAAUAUUGAGAGGAGAAAGAGUUGAAGAUUAAUAAUGGACCACUGUUUAAGCCUGUCGGGGUAUUUGAUUUAUUUGUUUAAAACACUUUGGGUUCUGUUUUUACUUUCGAAUGAUCAUUGUUUUAAUUGAGCGGUUUCAAACAGUUGGGCAACAUCAUAUUCUGCAGUGGAAUUCUAUAAAUAAACAUUUCAAAU